GACACGUGAUGCUCUCGUUCGGGCUUAGUGUCACUUCUGACUUGCCAAGGCUGAGAGUCGUUCCUAUAGUAUCAGAUUAAUCCUGUUUCUGUGGGGGGUGAUGGAGAAGACGUGCUAUUCUCAGAUGCUGAGAUGAAUCGUCACCUGUAUGUUUGGCUUUUUAGACAGCCAUCUUUUAAUGGUCACCGCCAGUGCCAUGUCCAUCUCCAUUCUCAUCAAAUUAUGCAGAUACAUCUUGAUACAAGGCUGUGGGUUUUUAGACAAAACAGGAAUCACAUUCUCCAUCGUCUGCCAAAUAAGAAUUGGCCCAGGAGAUAUUGUCAUCAAGAUACCAUGAUGCUCUGGAAGCAUAAAGCACUACAGAAAUAUAUGGAGGACGUGAGUAAGGAGUACCAAACACUUGAUCAUUGUUUGCAGCGUGUCUCUGUGAGUGAAGGGGACUGGAGGUCCUUGAAUCGACGGCAUGCUGAGCUGGAACCACUCGCAGUCAUUUACAAAGAAAUCCAGGAGGCUGAACAAGCCAUUGAAGAAUUAGAAUCAAUGUGUAAAGGUCUAAAUAAACAAGAUGAAAAGCAGUUACAAGAACUUGCAUUGGAAGAGAGGCAAACCAUUGCCCAGAAAAUCAACAAGUUAUACAAUGAGCUUCUCCAGAGUCUAGUGCCAAAGGAGAAAUAUGACAAAAAUGAUGUUAUUUUAGAAGUGACAUCUGGAAGAACUACUGGAGGUGAUAUCUGCCAACAAUUUACCCGGGAAAUAUUUGAUAUGUACCAGAAUUAUUCAAGCUACAAACACUGGAAAUUUGAACUUCUGAAUUAUACACCAGCUGAUUAUGGUGGUCUACAUCAUGCAGCCGCCCGAAUUUCCGGUGACAAUGUCUAUAAGCAUCUGAAGUAUGAAGGUGGGAUUCACCGAGUUCAGCGAAUCCCCGAGGUGGGCCUGUCGUCAAGGAUGCAGCGUAUUCACACGGGCACGAUGUCGGUUAUUGUCCUCCCUCAACCAGAUGAGAUAGAUGUGAAAGUGGACCCCAAGGAUUUGCGAAUAGAUACAUUUCGAGCCAAAGGAGCCGGAGGGCAGCAUGUUAAUACAACUGACAGCGCUGUCAGACUUGUUCAUGUCCCCACAGGACUUGUAGUGGAAUGCCAACAAGAACGAUCACAGAUUAAAAAUAAAGAAAUAGCUCUGCGUGUGUUGAGAGCUAGACUCUACCAGCAGAUUAUUGAGAAAGACAAGUGUCGACAACAAAGUGCGAGAAAACUGCAGGUGGGAACAAGAGCCCAGUCAGAGAGAAUUCGGACAUACAAUUUCACCCAGGAUAGAGUCACUGACCACAGGAUAACAUAUGAAGUUCGUAAUAUUAAGGAAUUUUUAUGUGGGGAGAAGUGCCUGGAUCAGCUAAUUCAGAGACUCCUUCGAUCAGCGGAUGAAGAAGCCAUUACUGAAUUUUUGGAUGAAAACCUUAAAUCAGCAAAAUAAAUAAGGAUUUAUCAUUU